CCUGAACCAGAACAAGCUUGGUUUGAAUUCGAAUUAGUGCCAGAGCUUUCCAUGUUGGCGCUCACCGGAGAAUCGAAGGGAACAAACUUCAGUUCACUGAGGCAGCUCUAGAACGGUCAGAUUCUUGUUCUCUUUGCAUUAAGGGAUUGAAGGAUUGUGCUGUUUGGAUUCCAGGAAAAUGGUGGAAUCGAACCUGACUUACGAGGAAUGCCGACGCCAGAGGUUGGAGGAGAAUAAGAAGAGGAUGGAAGAGCUCAAUCUCAACAAGCUUGCCGAUGCUCUGAAAUCUUCCAGCCCUAAAUCCUCUCCGACGAAACAGCUAAAGCGUCCUCGCCAACCACACGAUAUCUCGUCCUUCAGUGUUAGAAGGUCCAGCCGAUUUGCGGAUAAACCCCCUCCGAACUAUAAGGAGGUGCCCAUUGAACCACUUCCAGGUAACAGAAGUUAUAGAAGGACAUAUCAACGGAGAGAUUUGUUGAAUCGGGUUUAUGCUUCACAUGAAGAAAGGCAAUAUGCUAUUGACAGAGCACGAGACCUUCAAUCUAGCCUGGAUUCUAGAUACCCAAGUUUUGUGAAGCCAAUGCUUCAAUCACAUGUCACCGGGGGAUUUUGGCUGGGUCUUCCAGUUCAAUUUUGCAAGCAACACCUUCCCCGUGAGGAUGAAAUGGUUACUCUGCUGGACGAGGAUGGAAAUGAGUUCCAAACAAAAUACCUUGCCGAGAAAACAGGUCUUAGUGGUGGUUGGAGAGGGUUUGCCAUUGAUCACCAGUUAGUAGAUGGGGAUUCUUUGGUGUUUCACUUAACUAAGCCAACUGAAUUCAAGGUAUAUAUCAUCAGGGCGUACAAUUUGGAAGACAAAGAAGAUACCAAUGAGGAUUCCGAUGAUACCCAGUCGGAAAAAAGUGGGCAAAGAAGUACCAGAUCAUCAGGGCACAAAAUCAUGGCAAAUAAUUCUGAAGAUAAAUCAGAUAAAUGCGAGAAUUCCGAGGUCUCCCAACUCGAAAAGAGUGGCAAAAGAAGUACUAGAUCAGCAAGUAAAGGGAAGAAGUAACUCGGACAUUGGCUUUGCCACAUUGUUUAUUAGAAGUAUCCAUGGCAUUUUGACUAAGAAAAAACAAGGGAGCUUUCAGGUAAUUGUCAGUCUUAGCUCUCUCUCUCUCUCUCUGGACUGUUGUAAUUGUAAUAUCAGGUUAUGUUAAUGAAAUGACCCUGUUUUUUAUGACAUGGAGCAACCCCUCGCUCGAGUUUCUGGAAAUGAUGCUGUUAGAUACCU